AUGAGUACUCUGAAGGAGACAAAUAUUCAAAUUAUAUGCAAGUAUUCAGGCAGUGACAACAGGUUAGAGGAAACACGGUACAUUCAGAGAACUUCAGAUCUCUGUGAGACAUACGAGAAAGAUCGAAGAAACUACUCUGAGCUUCAAAUUAGAUGUCAACGUUUGGCCUUAGAAUUAGCAGACACAAAACAGUUAAUUCAGCAAGGUGACUACCGUCAACAGAACUAUGAUAAAGUCAAGAGUGAACGUGAUGCAUUUGAACAGGAAGUAACUGAGCUUAGGAGAAAACAUGAAAUACUUGAAGCCUCUCAUGUAGUUCAAGCUAAAGAAAGAAGUGAAUUAUCAAAAGAGGUAGCCACCUUACAGCAGACUGUUACUCUACUGCAAAAAGACAAAGAAUAUCUCAAUCGCCAAAACAUGGAGCUUAGUGUUCGCUGUGCCCAUGAGGAGGAUCGCCUUGAAAGACUUCAAGCUCAACUUGAGGAAACCAGAAAGGCUAGAGAAGAGAUGUAUGAAAAAUAUGUAACAUCCAGAGACCAUUAUAAAACAGAAUAUGAAAAUAAACUACAUGAUGAACUGGAACAAAUCAGAUUGAAAGCUAAUCAAGAAAUUGAUCAACUUCGAAGUGCCUCUAGGGAAAUGUAUGAACGGGAAAACAGAAAUCUCCGAGAAGCAAGGAAUAAUGCUAUGGCUGAAAAGGAUCGAGCAGUGAUGGCUGAAAAGGAUGCUCUAGAAAAACAUGAUCAGCUCUUAGACAGGUACAGGGAACUGCAACUAAGUACAGAAAGCAAAGUAACAGAAUUUCUCCAUCAAAGUAAAUUAAAAGCUUUUGAAAGUGAGCGUAUUCAACUUCUACAAGAAGAAACUGCAAGAAAUCUCACACAGUGUCAAUUGGAAUGUGAAAAAUAUCAGAAAAAAUUGGAGGUUUUAACUAAGGAAUUUUAUAGUCUCCAAGCCUCUUCUGAAAAACGCAUUACUGAACUUCAAGCACAGAACUCUGAGUAUCAAUCAAGGCUAGACAUUUAUGAGAAAUUGGAAAAAGAGCUUGAUGAAAUAAUAAUGCAAACUGCGGAAAUUGAAAAUGAAGUUGAGGCUGAAAGGGUUCUUUUUUCGUAUGGCUAUGGUGCUAAUGUUCCCACAACAGCCAAAAGACGACUAAAGCAAAGUGUCCAUUUGGCAAGGAGAGUGCUUCAGUUAGAGAAACAAAAUUCAUUGAUUGUAAAAGACCUGGAGCAUCAAAAGGACCAAGUAACACAGCUUUCACAAGAGCUUGACAGGGCCAAUUCUCUAUUAAACCAGACUCAACAACCUUACCGAUAUCUCAUUGAAUCGGUGCGUCAGAGAGAUUCAAAGAUUGAUUCACUGACAGGAUGUAUUGCACAACUUGAGAAAGAUGUCAGCAAUUUAAAUAAAGAAAAGUCAGCCUUACUACAGAUGAAGAAUCAAAUGGCAUUAGAUUUAGAACAACUUCUAAAUCAUCGUGAGGAAUUAGCAGCAAUGAAACAGAUUCUCAUUAAUAUGCGUAGUAAACAUUCUGAAAACAACUUGCUUCUUACUAAAACGGAAUCAAAAAAUGUGACAGAAAAUCAGAAAUCAAAGACUUUGUAUGUGCCUAGAGAACAUGAAGACAAUACAUUUAUACCCAAACCAACACUAUUUACUAAAAAAGAAGCACCUGAGUGGUAUAAGAAACAAAAGAUGAAGACCUGAUGUUCUGAAUGGGAAGUAUUUGCUGUAUCAUUAUCAACUCCUGAAGUUAUCUUUCUGAUAGGAAGAAAAUCAUCUUAAUCAUGUACUUGGCAUUUUUUAAAUAACUAAUUUAAUGUUUAUUUUAAUUAGUGUUAAGAAACUUCAGCAUAAUCAGGAUGUAUAAAGUGCAAACAAUAAUAUACUUUAUAUUUGGUUUUAUCUAUUUUGUUACAAAAUAAAUGUUCAAUACAUUUUAA